UUUCUGGAAGUAACUUUCUGUCUACAGUAGUUGAGUUGAUAUCACUCAAGUUGAUAUUUCUUUAAUAGUGUGAAGUUUUGUUCACUCAUAUCAUUGAUUUCGAACUGUUUUUUUUGAAACAAUCAAACUGUUCAAAAGAAGCGGUUGGUUUAAUCAAAACCCUUUCACUUUCCCUUCAGGAGCCACAAGCAAAGUGAAGCGAAAAAAGUUGGCGAUUAUUCCCAAUCAGGUGAAUUUCAAAUUCUCAAUUCUAACACAAGAAGUUUGAAAUUUUAUUUUAACUGUUAAGUGAAUUAUAGUUAUGCUAUUAAACGAUUUGCCUGAUGAUUGUCUCUGGUUGAUCUUCGACAACUUCUUCAAAUUAGAAGAGUUGAUUCAAUUGUCUGAAGUUUGUUCAAAAUGGUCCAAUUUGAUUGAUUUAAGAUUCAAAAAAGUUAAAUAUCUUUUCAACAAAUCAAGAUUAGUUCCACAUUUGGAUUAUUCCAAAGUAUGGAUGGAACAGUUGAAAACUAUUCGACGAUAUAAUUUACGGGAAUUGUUACCAAAUCUCAGGAUUUUUGAUAUCUCUUAUCACUAUUACGGCCAAACUUAUAAAAUGCAUUAUUUUGAGAAAGUGAUUAACAAUCCGAAAAUAAAAGGAAUAGUUGGACUAAACACUUUUUAUGAUUACAAUUUAAAAAAUAUCGAAAUGGUGUCAAUAGAUUUUUUACGUGCCCCGUAUAAAAAACGCUUUCGACGUGAUCAGUUGAAACAAAUUCGUUAUAAGGACUAUUUUUAUUUGCAUAAUCUUUUUGAGCUCGUCGAAUACUUUCCUAAUUUGAAACGACUCAAUAUUUGGUUUUCAGGUGAACAAGUUCGUUACAAUGGUCCAAAUUUACCCAAUUUAAAGAUCUUUGAGUCUGCAAUAAGCGGAAAGAGUGAUAACUGUAACGCAUUUCAUGUGAUGGACUUUUGUCCAUCUUUGGAAAGUGCUUACAUUUAUAACCAAUCAGAUGAUAAAUUUACCAACAUGGCACAAAAGAACUACAAUCUAAGGGAUUUUGUAAUUGGAAUACCACUUGGAAUACACCUAACAUGGUCAUUCUUACGAGGACUGUUGUCCAAGUAUCCAAAUUUACAAAAUCUUGCGGUCAGAGGAGGUGAUGCUAUUAAGGAUAGUCGUGUUGAAGAAUUGGUCAAGUUAUUGCCGGAGAUAAAACUGUUGGACUUCAGAAGAUCCAAAGGAGUGACUUCAAAAUCAGCUGAUUUCUUAUCUAAAUUCUGUCGCAAAUCUUAUCGAUCAAUCAAAAUCUAUUAUGAUUGUGAAAAGGAACCAAUUGAUUGGCCUAAAUUAGACACUCCUGAAGAAUUAAUUGUCUAUGGAUUCGAUUUCAUGAAACAUUGUUUUUACAAGAAUUUUCAUCGUCUUCCGGAUCUAAUUGAUGAAUAAACUCUAACGCUUUUAAUUCAUUUUGCAUUAAAAUGAGCUAAAUGAAUAUUAUAAAUUUUUUUAAUGUAAGUUUAAAAUUCGGUAAG